GCCAAUAAAAUGAAACUUUUUUCCUUGAUUGUUGUUCAGAGGAACAGAAGACUCUGUACAUGUCAAUGUUCCCCUCCUCCGCCUUCUCUCUACGUUCCGAUCCACAAUUUAAGCGCUCUCUCUUUCUCUCUCUAAAUCGCUCUAUCUCGCCCCUUCCCCUCCUCUCUCUCUCUCUCUAACAGUCUCUGACUUCAUCUCUUCGGCCCCUAGUAUCUCUCCCUCUAGCAGAGGCAAUGCUUCCAGAGAUGAGUGGCAUAGAAUGGGACAGAGAAACGUAUGCCCAAUAUCAAGACUUUGCGGCGCUUCCUUUACUAGCUCUUUUUUUCCCAUCAAUUAGAUUCUUUCUUGACAGAUUCAUCUUCGGGAAGUUGGGAAAGCGAUUUAUUGUUGGCUCACAAAGAUGUUUGGAUGAUGAAAUUCAUGAAAAGAGAAGGAAGCUCAAGAAAUUCAAAGAAUCGGCUUGGAAAUUCAUAUACUUUCUCUCUGCAGAAAUAUUGGCUUUGGUGGUGACCUAUAGUGAGCCCUGGUUCACAAACAGUAAAUUCUUUUGGGUAGGACCUGGAGAGCAGGUCUGGCCGGACCAAAAAAUAAAAUUGAAGCUGAAGGGGUUGUACAUGUAUGCUGCGGGAUUUUACAUUUAUUCUAUUUUUGCUUUGAUAUUUUGGGAGACAAGGCGGUCUGACUUCGGAGUUUCGAUGGCUCAUCAUGUAGCAACUCUCAUCCUUAUUGUGCUGUCCUAUAUUUUCAGGUUCGCCCGCGUUGGAUCAGUUGUUUUAGCUCUACAUGAUGCUAGUGAUGUGUUUUUGGAAAUUGGUAAGAUGUCUAAGUAUUGUGGUGCUGAAUCAGUUGCAAGCUUUGCGUUCAUUCUUUUUGUAUUAUCGUGGGUCAUACUUCGUCUUGUCUACUACCCAUUGUGGAUUCUCUGGAGCACAAGGAAAGAAAAGCUUAUAGCAGGAGAACCAUCGUAUAAUGCAUUAGAAUUUUGGUGCUUUUCUUUUCAUGGCAGCUAUGAAGUUCUCUUGACCUUGGACAAGGAGAAGCACAAGGUAGAAGGACCCAUAUACUAUUAUGUGUUCAAUUCUUUGCUCUUCUGCCUGCUGGUUCUUCACUUUUAUUGGUGGGUGUUAAUGUACCGGAUGCUUGUAAGACAAAUCGAAGCGAGAGGCCAGCUUGGGGAUGAUGUUAGAUCUGAUUCUGAAGGUGAAGAUAAUCAUGACGACUGAAUGGAUUAGCUCUAUGAUGUGUACGAAUAGAUUGAUGCUGCAAAAUGCAGCCAUCUUCAUUCCUAGACAUGAUUUUGUAAAAGUAGCCGGUGAUUAGAAGAAAAAUGAAAAUUUGAUUCUCUCCCUUUGAUUAUUUUAUGUGAAUGCAAUUUAUUGUAAGGUUGUUGAGGUUGUUUGCUAUGUCUAAGCUUCGGAUAAUUUAUUUAUGAUUAUUUCGUCUGCCCAAGCUCUUACUGCAAUUCUGGGCUUGUAUAAAUAUCCACAAAAAAGACAGUUGGACUGCUCUGGAUAAUCAACAGCAAAUGCAGAAGCUGAACAUUUUACACUAGGGAAUGCAUUUUGGUUUGGCUUU